AUGCAAAGGACGCCAGCACUAUUCCUAGCGGCAACAAGAUGUGCGAGAUUCCACACCUCACGGAGAUUGUACUCGGACCCGCCCAUUGUGAAGAUUAACAACGGCACUUUUUACCGUCAACAUCCUUCUUCGAAACUCAAUCAUGGAAAUUCAAAUGCGAAUCCACCUCUAUUCCCCGGUCUAACGAUCUCCCUGCCUUCCUCCUCAACACCAAACCAGCGCUGGGCCAUCCUAAGCCCAUCAUCAGAUAUCCGAACAGCAUUCUUGCAAAUCCUCCGCGGCCAAUUCCUCUGUUUCCCACCUACAGCACGCUCAUUUCCUUACCUUCUCGGCCCAGCUAUCACAGAAGAUAAACCACAUCUCCGCUUUCCCGAGCGCGCAAUCGAAUAUGUCGGCUUCGAUGUUGAGCGCAAAGCUUUUGGCGGCGCGUACCUAUCCGCACGGUACGAGUCGCUAAAGGAAGAAACGGAUUUCACCGUCCAGCGCUAUUUGACGGGUAUUGUGACGAUGAAUCCUGGGGAGGAAGAGCUCAAGGCUAAGAGUAUCCGGAAAGAGGAUAUGGAGAGGGUGAUGCAGGAUUUGGAGUUGGAAAGGUUCAUUGAGAAGCCGGUUAGUAUGCUGAGUAAUGGGCAGUCGAGGAGAGCGAGGAUUGCGAAGGCGUUGCUGAGUGGGCCUGAGAUGCUGUGUUUGGAUGCGCCGUUUAUUGGUUUGGAUCCGAUUGUCACGAAGCAUAUUUCUGGUGUUUUGCAUCGCUUGGCUGAAGCAAAUGCUCCACGCAUUGUGCUUAGUUUAAGGCCUCAGGAUGAUAUUCCAGAGUGGGUUACGCAUCUUGUGUAUGCGGGGGAGGAUGGGGUAGUAGGACGGUUAGGGACUAAAGAAGAGGUCUUGAGAUAUCUGAAUGAAGAGUAUAAAUCCAGUCAACAAAGCGGGACUGCCAAGAUACAAAAGUCGAACACAAAGGAAGUCCAGGAAGUAGGUCGCCUUCUAUCUGAAAAGGACCCAAAGGCUGCAACAGAGCCACUACCAGUCCUAAGUCGAGACGGUUACAAAAAAACCGACAAAUCUACCCCAUCCCCUGGCGAACCCCUCGUCGAAAUGAACGGCGUCCGCAUCUCCUACGGCGCAAACUCCAUCCUAGGAGACUGGCAUCAACCCACCACCACCUCCAGCACCCCCGGCCUCCACUGGACCGUCAACCGCGGAUCCCGCUGGGGUAUCUUCGGUGCCAAUGGCUCCGGUAAAACCACCUUACUCAGCCUCGUAACAUCCGACCACCCACAAACCUACUCCGCCCCCGUCAAACUCUUCCAGCGCUCGCGGCUCCCCUCACCAGGCACACCAGGCAUCUCGAUCUUCGAGAUCCAAGCGCGGAUGGGACAUGCGAGUCCAGAAGUGCACGCGCUGUUUCCCAAGCGAUUGAGCGUGAGGGAGGCGCUGGAGAGCGCGUGGAGUGAGACGCCGAUUUCGCGGCCGAGGUUCGAUGACGGUGCGGAGAGGAAAGCAGAGGCGGCUUUGAAGUGGUUUGAGAGGGAGAUUCGACCGAGUUUCCAGGGCCAGAAGGAGAGGGAUGGGGGGCUUGAAUGGGCGAAGCAGACGUUAUUCGGAGAGAUUUCGUUUUCCGCCCAACGUGUCAUCUUAUUUCUGCGGGCUACGAUUCGGAAUCCUGAUAUUGUGAUUUUGGAUGAGGCGUUUAGUGGCAUGGAUGAUGCGGUGAGGGACAAGUGUUUGCUUUUUCUUAGUUGGGGGGAGGGCAGGGAGGUGGAUGAGGGGGGUAGAGCUGUGGAGACGGGGAGAGGGGAUGGGGUGGUGAAGGGGUUACAGGAGCAUCAGGCGUUACUUUGUGUUAGUCAUAGUAAGAUGGAGGUGCCUGGGUGUGUGAGGGAGUGGGUUUGUCUGCCUGAGCCCGGGACGGGACCGCCGAGGUUUGGAAGGUUUGAUGGACCGAUUGAGUUGGAUGAGAGACGUUGGAAGGAGGUAUGGGGGGAAGUUUAG